AUGUGUCUUGCUUUCUUCUCAUUUUUCUCACGCUUUCAUCUCACUCUUCUCUCUCCUCCUUCACUAUCCCUGUUCGCACUUCCAAAACUUCCAUCAACAGGAUUCACCAACAAAAUGGGUAAGAAUAUUCGUGCGCGUGAGACCCUUAGGCAGGCUCUGCCUCCUCUGCGGAAAACUGGGUUCCAUACGACUUCCAAUGCCGUUCAUUCGCUUUUUUACAGAGGGGAAUUGCAUCAGUGGAGAAAUUUCUGUGAAGACACACGAGCAACAGUGGACAGUCAACAGUGGAGCAACAAGAUCAUUGGGUGCAAUCUGAAGACCCGUAAUCUUGAAGAAAAUAAGGUCUAUGUCGGAGAUGAGAGCGGCUUACAAGGGAGAUUCCAACAGGCUAUUGGCCAAACACUUGGAAAGGUGUUUGAGGCCCAAGAUCUUGAUAUCCAAUUUGCCGAUUUCAAGUGUCUUCCUCGUCAAGGAAAGAAAGUCCCUGACUGUGUUAUGAGGACAUCAACAGAUGAGCUGAAGGCUGUCGGUGAUUUGAAGGUGCCCUGGGUUUCCUAUCAUCGUAUGGAAGAUUUCCAUGAUCCCUUCGCCCCAGAGUCUAAGUUCCGGGCCUUGAUAGCCCAGGUUCUAAGAUAUAUGAAAGAGAUGGAGUGCAUGUAUGGAUUUCUGUCAAGUUAUGACGAAACCAUCUUCUUCCGCCAACGGCAUAAUGGUACGACAUGGGUGGUGGAUUGCUCCCCUGUGAUCCCGGCGUCUAAUGUCUCCACCAAAGGAUCUCCGGUUGUUACCGUGAGGGAAUGCUUCUUUCAUAUGGCGGUCCUGGCUUAUCGCCAAGGGAGUGUUGAUAACCAGCUAUCUCCGCGAUCCUGGGUGGAAGGAAGAAUGGAUACAACGUGA